AUGGCAUGUCUGCAGCUCAUCGCAAAUGUUUUUUUCAGCUCAUCUGCCCGGCUAUCUCGCAGAUCGCAAGACAAACCAUUUAGCAACCUAUAUCCCAGAUCGCUCGUCAGAUCAUCUGAGCUUGCCUUGCAGCUUGUUAGCAAGAUCAUUUGGUUACGGGUGCCGUUGGCUGGUGUGAGAAGUAGGGCGAGAUCAAAUGGAAGGAAAGGCAGAGCUCCCGAUAUCAUCAAGCCCGGUAGCGUCAACACUGACCCAGUCUUCCCAAACAACAAACUGACGGGCACAGACAUUGGUUACCCAGGUGGGUUAUGGUUCGACCCGUUGGGUUGGGGAUCCGGUAGCCCAACUAAGAUCAAGGAGUUGAGGACCAAGGAGAUCAAGAACGGAAGGUUGGCGAUGUUGGCAGUGAUGGGUGCUUGGUUCCAACACAUCUACACUGGCACUGGUCCUAUUGAUAACCUUUUUGCACAUCUUGCUGAUCCUGGUCACGCCACCAUCUUCGCUGCUUUCACACCCAAGUGAGACAACGAAAAAGGGUUAUGGGGAGGUGAAUGCGUUUGUGUGUGAUCAUGUUUGUACAAAUAUCGUUUUGAACUUAAAAGUAUUAUGUAUUUUAAAUAAAUUGUGG